UCCCAAUCCAGGACGUCAGUUAGGAAAAAUCGCCAGCAACAAGAUCCCAAAUUGCCCCAAAUGCCACCCAACCCUGAGUUUAAAUAUGCCCUACAACAAAUAGCCCAACAAUUUCGCGCCCCAAUUGCCUACAGCAUCGCCUACGGCCCCCCCCAAACCACAAACAAGACCAGCUUCAAUCCCCGACUCCACCAGAAACCCACCCUGGCAAUAACCUAGGCCCGAGAAGGCCACCCGCAAGAUGGUCGACUUCAUCUUGGGUAUCUCAGACGCUCACACCUGGCACACCAUCGGCCUCCAACAACACCUUCCGCACUACCUAGCCCUCAUCUGCUCACUAGGCCCGCACGCCAUAUCCAAAUACCAGAAGAACUUCGACGCAGGAGUCUACUUCUACCCCUUCAUAACCAUCAACGGAACACUAAUCAAGUACGGUGCCGUGCUGAAACACACUUUAUCUUACAGGCCAGAUACAGAAACCCGUCAUAGUUUUACAAGAUAACACAGUCAUUCAGGAUGCAGGACGUGCGAAUCUUGUUUCCACAUUGAGGAUUGCAUUGUUAUUACUUCCUGGAAAGGAUCACGGAGUUGGGGGUUUAUACAGGGUUAUCAUACAUAGAGACCCGAGGAUGGUGGUCGGGGGCGAUAAUCCUGGGAAGGUGAGGAGUAUUGUUGGGGUUCAGAUAAGGGCGUUUCAGGACUAUAGGGGGGUUGAUUAGCGGGCUAGAGGUUGUGACCGAACUUUAAUUAUAACGGAGGGUUAGAGCAGGAUAUGGAUGCAGCUGUGCAGG